AUGUCGGGUGCCUUUAUGGCCGCCUCAUUGGAGUCACCUGUCUCAAAGAGUGUAAAUGGUCUGGAACUUGGCUCUCCCGCUACGGAUCAAGUCGAUACCAGAGAAGCUAGAUAUGUCGCGGAGAAGUUUUACAAUUUGUGCUUCCCAACGCAAUCAAACCCUACAAAUAUCUACAUCAGAUUUGAUAGAGAUGUCAUCUACUUUGCUAAUUGGCUUACUGGCUAUAAAUAUGAGACGAACGGCUGGUUUGAGCACGUGAAUAUUGGUCCAAUUGGUAAAAAGGGACUGGGAAGACAUGAAUUGAGGUCUAUACAGAGAGUUGCGGUGAGCUCCGUUUAUUUCAAUGUCCCUGAAUCAUCGCCCCCGGGGGCUGAUGUGGAAUACUUUUCGUUCUCCGUGUUGCCUGUACUUUCUAGGUUUCCUUCAUUAAAGAGACUCGUCGUGGUUUUUGAAGAUAUCGGUCCAUACCAGGAAGGCGAAAUUACCCUUCACGGAAUUCCUAAACACUUCCACAUUGAUCCGGCUUUCUGUGCCUUUUGCGAGGUAUCCAAGAUUGUCGAAGGUUUUAAAGAUCUCAAGCGGAAUUUGAAUUCUCCUUGGAGAGUCUUUGCUGUUAUUGUUGCAGCAGGUGCUCGUGAUCGCCAACUACCACACGUGGGUCAAUAUCAGUAUUGCGCUUGUAACGGGUUCACUUUGCGGCAGGACGUAGGUUGUCCGAAUCGCACAUGCGAGGAAUACCACCCAGAGUCAGUCAAGGUUGCAGGUCUAGUUCCUGAAGGAAAUGGCAUGUCUGAAGUCACCGACGAUGAUUUGCCAGAGGAAGAAUGGCGUCUUUCUGAGGACGAGUUGGACGAAUUAAUCGCAGACGAAGAGUUCUAUUAA